ACCAUAGCCAUUGAAAUGGAUGAGGGAACCUAUAUACAUGCACUCGACAAUGGUCUUUUUACUCUGGGAGCUCCACACAAAGAAGUUGAUAAGUCCCCAGAGCAGUUUACAGCUGUCAAAUUAUCUGAUUCCAGAAUUGCCCUGAAAUCUGGCUAUGGAAAAUAUCUUGGUAUAAAUUCAGAUGAACUUGUUGGGGGUUCAGAUGCAAUUGGACCAAGAGAACAAUUGGAACCAGUCUUUCAAAAUGGGAAAAAGGCUUUGUUGGCCUCAAAUAGCUGCUUUAUUAGAUGCAGUGAAGCAAGGGACAUAGAAGCAAAACGUGAAACAGCAGGAGAAGAAGAAAUGGUCAGGAUUAGAUCUUGUGCUGAAAGAGAAAUCAAGAAAAAAGAUGACAUUCCAGAAGAAGACAAAGGAAAUGUAAAACAAUGUGAAAUCAAUUAUGUAAAGAAAUUUCAGAGCUUCCAAGACCACAAACUUAAAAUAAGUAAAGAAGACAGUGAAAUUCUUAAAAAGGCUCAGAAAGAUGGAUUUUUGCAUGAGACGCUUCUGGACAGGAGAACCAAAUUGAAAGCUGACAGAUACUGCAAGUGACUGGGAUUUUUGUUUCUGCC